ACAUGAAUUUCAAGCCUUCCACACUUGCAAGGCUACUUUCCCAAAUAUUGUUCUCAGAUCAGAGCGCUCGAAAGUUCAAUUGCAACCUCCCCUGCACCUUUCUCCUUCUAUCUCUCUUUCCCUCUCUAUCAAUUUUCAGUUUCCCAUAGACAUAUGGUUCCCCUCUUCCUCUCUAGCAUCCAGAUCUGAAUUUAUACAAUCAUUGAUACACUUUAAAGACCCUUCCGAUGCAAUGGCAGACUUCAAGGAAAAGCAAUGGUGUAGGUUUUUUAAUAUGUUAUUUUAGAAAAUGGGUCCGUGAUCCCGAUUUUGUUAGGAAUUGUUGGGGUAUGUAGAUUGUUAAUUUUGAUUGCCAAGCUUUCAUUUGAGCGAUCAGCUUCUAAAAGGUCAGAGAGGCUGUUGAGUCUUGUAUUUGGGGUUCUUGGGUUUUUCUGGCCAUAUUGAAGACUGUUGGCUGUGACUUGUCACUUAUUGAUUUUACGUCAAUUUUAAAAUCAAUGAAAAACCUUCAGCAGUCAGAUGGGAGUUUUAUGCCUACUCAUUAUGGUGCAGAGACAGAUCUCCGUUUUGUAUUUUGUGCAGUGGCCAUCUGCUUUUUGUUGGGCAAUUGGAGUGGUCUGGACAGAGAGAAAGCAAAGGAUUACAUAAUAGAGUGUCAGUCAUAUGAUGGUGGUUUUGGGUUGAUUCCUGGUUCGGAAUCACAUGUGACUUCUGGAUCUGGGAGAUGCUUCAUGUUUCCUAAUUCAAUUUUGUUCUCCAUUUGAGAAUGCUGAAAAAUUGGGAGAAACAUAAUAGUAGGAUACUAUGAAAGUGCUGUGGUUGGCCCAACAUGCUGCUGAUGAAGCAUACGUGCGAGUGCUGUGGUUGGCCCAACAUGCUGCUGCGAAGAAGAGCUUUGUUGGCAAUUGAGCUCUCGACAUUUUUCAUUUUUCUUUUGGCUUUUAGCUGUAGAAUUGCUGUUUAGGGAAAAAAGAUAUUGGCUUUUGGCUUUAGGCUUUGAGUAUCUUUGUGCUUUGUACCGUUGAAAAAUGGUUGAAAAAAAAAGUAGCAACCACAGUCACAAAGCUGCUUUUGGCAACUUUCUUGCAAGAAAAUCAUUUAGUUGCAUUUGAUCGUCUUUGGUAAGAGGUCGAUGGUUUCUAAUUAAAGAAGUUACUUGUUCAUGACAAAA